AUGUGUAUUUUUAGACUUGAACCUCCUAUUCACAUAUAUGACACUGCAAAUAAUAUUAAAUUAAACAACAAUAAUGAUUAUAAAUCUGAUCCAUUAAAUCAUAAUCAUGAACAAACCACAUUGUUAUUCAAUCCAAUAUAUCCUCCUGCUACUUGUACGCCUCAGACUAAUAAUAUCUGUCAAACAACCACAGAAAGUAGUAGUACAAUUGUAAAUCAAUGCGACGAUACUAGUUUAACACAAUUAAAAACAACAGCAACAACAACAACAAAAUAUGCUGAUUUAUCAUUUUUACCAAAUUCAUCUUUACAUAAUGCCUUCUUAUCAUGUAACAACAACCCUUUAUUAUUGACAAAUACAAAUAUAAAUACAAAUACUACUGAUCCUAAUCAUUCUAACAUUGUUCAAGCGACAACAUCCACAACCGCAACAACCACAACAUUAUCAAAUAAAACAAUCAAAGAGUCGUCAAUAGGUAAAAAACCCCAGCACCAACACCAACCACAACCACAACAGUCACAACAACAGUCUGUCUCCUCAGUUAAUCAACAUCAUUGUACUAGUUUAUCUAAAGGUACUGUCAAUUGUCUGUAUGAUAUUGAAAUCAGUUCAUGUUCCACAGCUUAUGAAUCAGUGAUAGAGUAUACACCAACCUGUGAUGAUAUUACUUCUAAACAGAAAACAGUCAGAGAAGUUUAUGAAGAUGCUGAAGCAUUGUAUCGACAUUUAUCUGACUUAAAACAAUCGAACAAUUCUAAUGUACAAGCAAUCACAAAUUCAUCAACUGAUUAGCGCAUUCA